AUGCAAGAGAAGCAAGUAAACCAACAAAUACAAUCUGCCGUUGGCGCAACCCGUAAACAGUUUGACAUACAAAAGCAGCUCGCCUCGAAGUAUUAUCAAUUGUGGAGAGAAAGCGCAAAAACAAUUCGUAGUCAAGGCAUUGAGAAGAGGAACAAAAGAGUUAGUAUACAUAAGGGAAUUCUGAUAGUAAAGUCAGCUUUCUUUAUCUUAAUGCCGUGUUACGCUUGUGGCAUGGCCUCUAUCACGUGUACAGCUGGAGGAUAGAUGUACAGCUUCUGGGCUGUAUAUAUUAAAGUGACCCGCAUGUUAAAUUUGUCUUGCUUCGUCUUUGGCAGAAAAAAUGGGGUUUUUUAUAAAGAAUGCCAUAUUUUAUAUAAUACUGAAAUAUUCCUUUGAUACCAUGAAAUUAUACUUCUCUAGUGAUGGUUCACAAAAUAAUUUUCCUUUUAAUUAAAUAACUAUUAAAUAAUUAUUACACAGUUUUUGAAAAUUUAUAAUCAUGCAGGCACUUUGUUUCAAAGUUUGUCAAUUUGCGCAACUACUGAUAUGAAUUUGCCUUAACCGCAACUACUGAUAUGAAUUUGCCAGUCCUUAACUAUAAACUAUUAAUACAUAUAAGGUCAUUUAAAAUAAAAAAGUUAAUACUUAAUUAUUAUUAAAAGCGAAGAUUUACACUUUUAGUUUUUACUAAAAAAUUUACGAAUAUAUAUAGCUACAGUAUUCUAUAUUGUAUACUAGUUAUAUCUAAUUUUAAAUGUCAUUUUGAUUAAAUAUAUAAGCAAUCACCUGCAGUAGAAAUAAAAAACUUACUGUAAUUUGCUUUUUUGCAUAGAUACUUUGUGCAGCUGGUCAAGAAAAUCCAAAAAACUAUGCUAUUUCAAAAAUUAUACCAGGAGAAAUACAAGGCAUAGACGCUGAUAGCAGUAUUGUUGGAGCUGGGACGUAUGGUCAAUGUGUGGUGAAAAUGUUUACACGGCUUGGAAUCCAGGUGAUCGAAAAACAACUUCACGAAGGUAGCCUAGACGAAAUUUAUAAAGAAGCCCAUUAUAUCCAGUUGUUUGCUCAUCGGUGUGUCCCACAUUUAUUGGGGGUACAAGUUGAGAAAAAACCUUUCUCCAUUAUAAUGGAAUUUGUUGGUGACAAUUUGGAAUCGAUGACUAUCCAUAAGCUGCUUUAUAAUAGCAAAUUCAAGCACAUAAGUUUAUCCAUAAGCGAUUGGUUUCAGGUGUGCUAUGAUAUUGUUGAUGCAUUACAUCAUCUCCGUCAAAAAGGGUACUUGCAUUGCGACUUGAAGACAAACAAUGUAUUGAUUUUUGAAAAAAAAGGUUACCUUGUUGAUUUCGGCAAAGUGAAGAAAAUCACAAAUACAUCAACGAAAAAGUAUACACAAUUAUAUCCACAUAUCGUGCCAGAAGUAUUGAAUGGUGCACCAGCUAGUCCUGCUAGUGACAUGUAUUCCAUGGGGAAAAUCUUUCUUUGCAUAGGUGACAAAUUAAAGAAUGAUCACCUUUUGUCCAUUGGCAGAUUGUUCAGUGAUUCAGAGCCGACAAAAAGACCAACAAUCACAGAGUUGAUAAGACAUUUGAAAUCCGGCAUGACCAUAUGCUAG